CCUGCUCUUCUUUAGCGCCCGCUGCAGACGGCACUAGGACCCGGGGAAGUCCCUGAGCGAGGUUCGCGCGAAGGCAGCCAGACUCCUCCUUAUCUCCAGUGUCAAACUUGACAUCAGCCUGCGAGCGGAGCAUGGUAACUUCUCCAGCAAUCAGAGCGCUCCCCCUCACAUCAGUGGCAUGCUUCAUGGAGAUAUGCUCCUCUCACUGCCCUCUGCACCAGCAACAUGGAUUGUCACCUCUCCAUCCUCCUCCUUCUCAGCUGCUCUGUUCUCAACUGCUUCGGGGAACUGAUUCUCCAGCCUUCCAAUGAAGUCAAUCUACUGGAUUCAAAAACAAUUCAAGGGGAGCUGGGCUGGAUCUCUUAUCCAUCACAUGGGUGGGAAGAGAUCAGUGGUGUUGAUGAACAUUACACACCCAUCAGGACUUACCAGGUGUGCAAUGUCAUGGAUCACAGUCAAAAUAACUGGCUGAGGACAAACUGGGUCCCCAGGAACUCAGCUCAAAAGAUUUACGUGGAGCUCAAGUUCACUCUACGAGAUUGUAAUAGCAUUCCAUUGGUUUUGGGAACUUGCAAGGAGACAUUCAACCUGUACUACAUGGAGUCUGAUGAUGAUCACGGGGUCAAAUUCCGAGAGCAUCAGUUUACAAAGAUUGACACCAUUGCAGCUGAUGAAAGUUUCACUCAAAUGGAUCUCGGGGACCGUAUUCUUAAACUCAACACUGAGAUUAGAGAAGUAGGUCCCGUCAACAAAAAGGGAUUUUAUUUGGCUUUUCAAGACGUUGGUGCUUGUGUUGCCUUGGUGUCUGUGAGAGUGUACUUCAAAAAGUGCCCAUUUACAGUGAAGAAUCUGGCAAUGUUUCCAGACACGGUACCCAUGGACUCCCAGUCCUUGGUGGAGGUUAGAGGUUCUUGUGUCAACAAUUCUAAGGAGGAAGAUCCUCCAAGGAUGUACUGCAGUACAGAAGGGGAAUGGCUCGUACCCAUUGGCAAGUGCUCUUGCAAUGCUGGCUAUGAAGAAAGAGGCUUCGUGUGCCAAGCUUGCCAACCAGGUUUCUACAAGGCUUUGGAUGGUAAUAUGAAGUGCGCUAAGUGCCCACCUCACAGUUCUACUCACGAAGAUGGUUCAAUGAACUGCAGGUGUGAGAAUAAUUACUUCCGAGCAGACAAAGACCCUCCAUCCAUGGCUUGUACCCGGCCUCCAUCUGCACCAAGAAAUGUUAUCUCUAACAUAAACGAGACCUCGGUUAUCCUGGACUGGAGUUGGCCCCUGGACACAGGAGGCCGGAAAGACGUUACCUUCAACAUCAUAUGUAAAAAAUGUGGGUGGAAUGUAAAACAAUGUGAGCCAUGCAGCCCAAAUGUCCGCUUCCUCCCUCGACAGUUUGGACUCACCAACACCACGGUGACAGUGACAGACCUCCUGGCACACACUAACUACACCUUUGAGAUUGAUGCCAUUAAUGGGGUGUCAGAGCUGAGCUCCCCACCAAGACAAUUUGCUGCAGUCAGCAUCACAACUAAUCAGGCGGCUCCAUCACCCGUCAUGACGAUUAAGAAAGAUCGGACAUCCAGAAACAGCAUCUCUUUGUCCUGGCAAGAACCUGAACACCCUAAUGGGAUCAUAUUGGACUACGAGGUCAAAUACUAUGAAAAGCAGGAACAAGAGACAAGUUAUACCAUUCUGAGGGCAAGAGGCACAAAUGUUACCAUCAGUAGCCUCAAGCCUGACACUACAUAUGUAUUCCAAAUCCGAGCCCGAACGGCAGCUGGAUAUGGGACCAAUAGCCGCAAAUUUGAAUUUGAAACUAGCCCAGACUGUAUGUAUUAUUUCAAUGUAUUGUGGAGGGGUUGUUGGGGAGGGGGAGUUGCAAAAUGUGUCUAAUCAUUUAUAUCACUCCCUCUAAGUUGUAACCAAAUGUGAUGCAUUGAAAAGACAUUGCUUGGGACAUUUAGCGAUCGGUAUAGCAUUGUCUCUGUAUACAGUAUUUGUGUUUAUGUUGGUGUUCUUUUUCUCUUUUACAAAUGCCUGAAAAGCUUCUGGUUUUCUAUUAGUCAUAAAUUGCUUUUGAGGAACAUUAUUUAAUAUAGUAAUACACUUCCAGUGCCUGUCAUUUCAGAUAUUCCAGGUUCAUUGUGUGAUUCAAUGAACUACAAAAAAGAAACUUGCUGAUCCAUGAGGAUCUUAAUUUUGUCUUAAUCCUUGACACAUUCAAUGGUGUAUCACUUGGAGAAUAAGGAUUUUCUAAAAUGUGUUUUAUCACUUCAUUCACAUUUACAAGCAAUUUGGAUAGCAUGACCAUUUGACCCCAAAUUUGGCUAAAAUUGAUCUAAAAUUGGCAAACAUUUUCCCAGUAACUUUCUUUUAUUUGGAAUGCAUUUACUUCACAUUUAAAGAGCCCUCUGUUAAAAUAUAAUUGUCAAAAAGGUAAAAUCAUCUCUAUAGUAUAAAAUGAACAGAAGCUAAAGAUUUUACUUAACUUAUU